AUGGCACAAGUAUUUCCUGAUGUAAUUGAAGAAAAGAUUCAAGAUGAUGAUAAAUUUUUUGGACAAACAAGAUUAAAAAACGAUGAUAUAGAUUUCAAUGAUCCAGAUAAUGUUUUAACAAUGAAAAAUAUUCAUAAAACUUAUUUAUUAGGUAUUGAAGGUGUACCUGCACUAAGAGGUGUUUCAAUGGCAAUUAAAAGAGGAGAAUUUAUUUGUAUUUUCGGUACAUCUGGUGGUGGUAAAACAACAAUGUUAAAUAUUAUUGGUACAAUCGAUAAACCUACAAAAGGUGAAAUGAAAUUAUGUGGUAAAACAAUUAAUCAUAAAACAACUGAUAAAGAUUUAGCAUUUUUAAGAUUAAGAAAUAUUGGAUUCGUAUUUCAAACAUUUAAUUUAUUAUCAUCAUUGACAGCAUUGGAGAAUGUUGAAAUGCCAAUGAUUUUAUUGGGUGAAUUAUCAGCAAGUGAAAGAAGAGAAAGAGCAAUUUCAUUAUUAACAAAAGUAGGUAUGAAAGAUCGUUUAGAUCAUUUCCCAUCCCAACUAUCUGGUGGUGAACAACAACGUGUUACAAUUGCACGUGCUAUUGCAAAUAAUCCAGAUGUUUUAUUAUUAGAUGAACCAACUGGUGAUUUAGAUACAGUAAAUACAUCAGUGAUUAUGAAAUUGUUAACAGAUUUAAAUAAACAAGAGAAUAUAACAUUAAUUAUGGUAACACAUGAUGUUGGUUUAAAAAUGUAUUCAGAUAGAAUCAUUUGGAUGAGAGAUGGUAAAAUUCAAAGAAUUGAAACCGUUCAAGAACAAUCAAAACGUGAACAUUAUCAAAAACUAUAUAAAGAAUGCGAAUUAAUUAAUCAAAAUCAAAAGAAUGGUGUAACUAGUGUUUUCAAAAAUGAUGAUGAUAAUAAAAAUAUUAAAAAGCAAGGUACUUUAACUGAGUUUAGAAGACCAACUGAUUAUAAAUCAAUUGCAAGUUAUAAUAAUAAUAAUAGUAAUUUAAAUAAUAAUAGUAAUAGUAAUAGUAAUAAUAAUAGUAAUAAUAAUAAUAGUAAAAAUUAUGCAUCAUCAUCAUCAUCAUCAAGUGUAUUAAAUGGAAAAUUAAGCCAAUCAACUGUAAACAAUUCUUCAAUUUAUAAUCAUAAUAAUGAUUCUCCAUUUUUCAAUAGUAAUAAUAAUAAUAAUAUCAAUAAUAAUAUCAAUAAUAAUAAUAAUAAUAAUAAUAAUAAUAAUAAUAAUAAUAAUAAUAAUAAUAAUAAUAAUAAUAAUAAUAAUAAUAAUAAUAAUAAUAGUAAUAGUAAUAAUAAUAAUAGUAAUAGUAAUAAUAAUAAUAAUAAUACAAAGAGUAAUAAUAAUAAUAAUAAUAAUAUAUUUGAUAUAGCAUCUUCAUCAUCAUCUUAUAGUAAUAACAAUAAUAACAGUAAGAAUAAUAGUCUUAUUGAUGAUAUUUACUUGGAUAUAAAUGAAGGUAGCUCAUCAAAUUUUUCAAAUAAUGAUAAUUUUAAAUCGGUAGAUCAAAUUACCAAUGACCUUAGCCGUAUUUUAUAA